ACGGACGUGCCUUGAUUGUUGUAUGUGGCCGGGGAGUGGCACAAGAGCCGAGGGGGAAUUGGGAUGACCAAAAGUAGGUCAGGGAUGAGGACAGUUGUGAUCUUGAGAUCCAGCCUGCUUCCGGGGUGCGCGGCCAAUUUGAUAUGGGAAAUCACCUGAUUACCGCCACAAAGAUCAACUUGUGUGUGCCCCCCACUUUGGAAUCCCAGAUCAAUCCAGUCGGAUGAUUAUUAGGAACUACUCUGAGGAAUACAAUAUCCCAACCAGCCCUCGCUCAAUUCCCUCUCUUUCUUCUCUCUCUCUCUCUCUCUUUCAUAUCCAUCUCACUACUCUCCUCCAAAGGCUGCUUGACUUGCCCCCCCACUCGCCCACACGCCCACACGCUCACACGCUUACACCUCGCUCACACUUCCAAUCUACUUUCUCUUGCCCUCCCCUCCCUCCUCCCUCCCCCCGGCACGCGACGCUAUCCUAUAACGCGUCCUCGCGAUCGAUCAACUCGCUGUGCCUGGAUUCAUAUUCGGCACCUACUGUACAUCCAUCCAUCCACCCUCCCUCCAGUGUCAUUCACCAACUCCACUUUCACUCACUCAACCACUUGACAGACCUCUCACACGCACACCACCACAGGCCUCUGCCACUCCCACUCCCACUCCCACUCCCACUUCCACUCCGUGCUCUGCCCCCCGCCGCAUGUGCUCUGCCAUAACCCACCCCACACCCACAAUGACCACUUUUGCACCCUUCCAGCAGAUCCCCCAGCCCCUCGCAGGCAUGUCCACCAAGCCCAAGCGCAAGCGCACAUUCGACGACGAGCCCGACCAGGACGAGGUCAUGGGUCUCGAUGCUACAAAGGUGAGUCGCACAAUUGAGGUUUGAGGCGCGUCAAAAGGGUAUGAGGAAACCAGGGUAUUCGGUCACCCCGGUCCCGUGGGUUA